UACAUUUGUUGAGACUUGACCAGCCGGAGGUCACCAUCAAAAGUCCGGGUGAGGUGCUUCACAUGAAUCAGAAGAUGACAAUUUUAGUUUCAGAUAAGAAAUAGCAAUUGUUAUUUUUAUUUUUUUUUUAUUUUUUUAUUUUUUUGUGUGUGGUUAUUUUCAAUGAAAUUCAAAAGCAGGCACAUAUGUAUUUUGCUUUCUUUUUCAAUUUCAACUAAUUUUUUUAUACUCUAUGGCUAUUAUUUAACAGAAGAAAGUUCCGUUGACAUUAAUUAAAUAUAUAUUUUUUAAAAUAUUUAAUUGUAAUAAAAUUUAAAAAAACGCGUUUAAAAUGGUUUGCUUCUUAGGAUCAGAAUAGAUAUCGAGUCUUUUCUUGUUUUAGUCUUCUUUAGAAAUAUAUAUUUUUUUUCUUCUUUCAAAUGCUUUAAGGGAAUUUGGGGACGUUUAAGAUUGAAUGAAUUUUUAUCUACUGUUUUUCUUUUAUUUCUUGAAUUAAGGAUAUUAAUAUAGAAAAAUAUAUUUUAAAAGCAGUGGUUCUCAACCUUCCUAACUCUGCGACCUUUUAAUACUAUUCCUCCUGUUGUGGUGACCCCCCAACCAUAAAUUUUCCGUUCCGAUGUUCUUAGGCGAUCGUUGUGUAAAGGUUGUUCGAACCCCCUACCCCACCCCCCCGGGGUUGCGAUCCACAGGUUGAGAACCGCUGGUUUAAUGUAAGAAAUGAAAAGACGGGACAAUAAAUAGAAAUGAAUGGAAUAACGAAUCAAUUAACUCUUCAAUAUUUGAAAUUUGAAAUCACAUCAUUGAUUAUACUGCACGAAUCAUCAGUAGCAAAGUAACGUCAAGGGUAUUCUUAUUAUUGUGUUUCAGGCUAUGGUGUUGAAUAUCCCAUGAACUCAGAAUGUCAGUGGACAGUGGUAUCAGUAUUAAAUAAGGUUGUAGUCAAAGUUAAUUUUUUUCAAAUAGGCCUUACUCAACCACCCCCCCCCCCAAAAAAAAUAAAUAAAAAUAAAACAACCCAGUACCAACUAAAAAAAAACAAACAACUUUAACAAAUAAAAAAUUAAACCUUUUUAAAAAAAGAAAGAAAACAAAAAACAUGACGAAUCGCGAGACGUCAAAACAUAAAGUGUAAUAUUCUUUUAAAAAUAUCAAGAUGCAUUAAAUGUUCUUUUUUUUUAAAAAAAAUCUUCAACAUGUAUGGCUCAUUUAAGUUUGACGGCAUUUAUCAAAUAAAAAUAAUGCAUUGUCCACCAGCAGGACGCAUAUUUUACUAUGUCAGUCAAUGUCAGUCAUACGCAUUCUCAAUAAACGGUUCAGGAUAAUAUGAAACAUUAAAAAAACACACAAAAAACUUGGUAGACUCACUUGCUAGCAUCCAUUAUUGGAGUCGUGGUUGUAUAAUUGUGACAUCGUGAGUGAAUAGUUCACAACAAAUGUGCCGUCUUGUUUUUUUUAUUCAAAACUAGCUAGUACCCUGCGUGCGUGGCUUGCAAUGCCACUCAAAGAAAGAACGUGUUUGUGUUUUAAUUAUGUUUUUUUUAAAUUCUUUUUUAUAAACACAAUAUUUUGCUUUUGUUUUUACCGUCUGGUGUGUUGUGCGUACUCAAAUGAAUUAGAAGGUUUUGCGAUGCAUGAGCAGGCCAUACACAGCUGUCCACGUGAGCAGGCCACACGCAGCUGUCCAUGUGAGCAGGCCACACGCAGCUGUCCAUGUGAGCAGGGCCACACGCAGCUGUCCGUGUGAGCAGGCCACACACAGCUGUCCACGUGAGAAGCAUGGAUUUUCAAAAUUUAGUCCACACACUUGUAGCGAUUGAUCCACCAAUGGAAUAGAUAUGUUUGAAAUUAUUUAUUAUAUUUAGUACAUAUAAAACAAAUUUAGAGCCCCGGGCCCCUAAUGGAACAUUGUAAAAUGGCUGUACUAAUUCAGAAACCUACUUAUUAUGUGACUCACAAAUUGAAAUGUCGCUAUUGGUAUUUGAUUACAACUCCAUCCACCAAUUCAUUCGUUCUUUUUUAAAUUAUAUUUAUCCAACUCGUAUAAGAAAAAAAAGAAGUAACAGCCGCCGGCCCGAAACGCAAUGUUUUAACAUGGUUGCACUAAUUUAGAAACCUUCGCGGGCGGGCGCAUAGCAAUUCACCAAAGUUUUAUCGCAAUCGGAUGAAUGGUAUAGGAACGCAUACAGAAAUUAUAUUCAUAUAACUAAUUUAAGAGGGAAAACAAAUUUAGGGUCCCCGGCCACAAACGGAAUAUUGUAGAAUGGCUGUAUUACUUCAGAAACAAUUCUUAUUGUGUCAUACACAAAAUUUAAUGUUUCUAAUUGUAUUUGAUUAUAAUUUUAUGCACCCAUGCAUUAGCUCUGUUUGAAAUUAUAUUUAUAUGGCUCAUAAAAAAAAAAAAAAACGAAUUUGGGACCCCUGGCUCAAAAUUUAAUAUUUUAAAAUGGUUGUAAAAGUUCAGAAACCUUUUCGGGCGUGAUCACAACAGCUCACCAAAGUUUUAUCGCAAUCGGAUGAAUGGUAUACGGGACAUACGUACAUACAUAAUACAGACUUUCAUUUUUAUAGAGAGAGAUUAUAGUUUAGUAAAUCACUGCGCUCUUACACAAUUUCAGUGUGUUGGUAAAUAACAGCAGAUAUUUUAUACUUUAAAAAUGUCCCAACUAUGGAAAUAACAAAACUAUAUACCGGUAUAUAUGUUUUUUUAAAUAUACUCUAGCAUCUUGUUUACUAAUUUAACACACAAAAAUUUCUUCAAUAUUUUAGCCCCUGGUAGCCAAGUUUUCUGAUAUGGACAUAGAAUAUCAAUCUUCGUGCCAGUUUGACAAACUGCUAGUUGAUAGUGGGACUUGUGAUUUCCUGCAUCCCAGUUUGCAUUGCGGCGACGCGUUGCCGGCACCCAUAGCCACUUCUGGCAGAAUCUUCUGCUUACGGUUUAUUUCGGACAUGCUGGUGCAGAAACGUGGAUUCGCCGUUAAAGUUCAGCUAGCGGGUAGUGUGACCUUACUUUAUAGUAUCUAUUUAAGAAACAUGGUUAAAAAAUAUAUGUCACUUUUUUUUAAAAAAUGACUGAAAAAACUUGCAUAAAAUUUUAAUCACCAAUGAACAUUUGAUAAAUUCAUCAGAAUCAAGCAAUUUGACCACCACCUUGGCUGUCCAGGACCCUAGUCGUCGGAAAAGGAGCGCACCCAACGUUCCUAAAAUUCCAUGCACUUCAUUUCCGGUUCUCAUCCAGAGUGACGUCAUGAUAUUCACGCCCUCUGGUGCUGGCCCCCGAUGGCAAUAUCCAACAAACACGGUCUGCAGAUGGCUGGUGAUGGGUGACAGUUUCCAUGUAAUUCAUUUAUCUCUCAUGCUACUGGUUACAAAUUAUUUAUUAAAUUCUAUUCGCAAACUUUUCGUUUUGAAAAAAAAAAAUGGUUUUCAAGUUAGGAUACAUCCAGUCUGCAAUCAUUUUUAAUAAUUCAACUGUGGCUUAAACUUCAAUCGAGCUAUAACUUCUUAGCAUGUUUAGGGGUUUAUUUGUUUAUUCUCACGCAAAACGAACAAAUGAAGACAUACAGCGACAGCGAAUUAAUACGGAGUGCCAUAGCUAGGGAUUUGGGGGCCCGAGGGGCUUGGCCUCUUUAGGGGCCCCUGCAUUUUGACAUUCGACAUUAUGUAAUGUAAAAAAAAAAUUCGGACAUGCCUUUGGGAGCCCCCAUUCAAGCAGGGGCCCGGGGGACUUUCGAAUUUGGACCCCCUCCCCUGGCUACGCCACUGUCAAUACGUAACAGCUGGGGUAUUUUUUUUGUGCAGUUGAAAAAUAUGGAAUUUUAAAAUUUAAACAUUUCACAUUAUUUUUAAUCUCACGAGAGCACACCAAGUCAACAACAUUUUUUGUUUCAUUGUGUGGUUCUGCUCAAGUUCAUGUUUUCAAUAAUUUCUAUUGCAGGAAGUUUUGAUUCAGUUUGACUUGAGCGAACAGGAACGUUACGAUCUGUGUCAUUAUGACAAGUUACGCGUCAUCGAAGGGGAGGAAAUGUACCCGGAUUACAGCUUUGAUUUCUGUGACCCACUUGUCCCCGAACCUCUACCGAUAGAGGGCCCGAAACUCGUCAUAUUUUCAUCCGACAGCAUCAUCCAGGCAAACGGCAUCACCGGAAGUCUACAGUUUAUUCCACGAAGCGGGCAGACCACCGACGGCCGACGGACAACAAAUUCACCAGACACAACACAGAUGACCUCCCUUUCGACAUCAUUCGAAAAUUCAAAACCUAACGAAUAUCCUCCGACCCCUGAACUUACAAGACAGUCCUCAGCUUCCGAGUUUAACCCCCACGAUUAUUCAAUACCUACGACACAAUUGACGAUACUGUAUCCUGACAACUCCACCACUGAAUCAACACCGGACUCGGGUGUAUUGAGCACUGAACGCGCCUCGCCUCCAGUCCUCACCAUGUGCAGUCGAACCUACUACCACAUGGCUGGCAGUCAAGUCAUUGUAGAGUCCCCUUACCGCGGGGCACAGAACUCCCGGGCAUCGAUGAGAUGCGACGUCGUUGUGGUAACAGACAAGCAAAAGGUUGGCCUUCCUUUUUUUUUUUCCCAUUGAAAAAAAAUAAUAAUCUUUUAUAUUUUACAUUUAAUAGCCAUCAAAUGCCUUGUUAUGUAGCACACAAUCCCCGUGCUGAACUUUGCUUUGACCUAAAUUAGAUCCCUAGCAGACGGUAGCGUUUGUUGUGGGCGUGGUUUAAAUUCUCUUUGAUGUAUCUUGUUUAUAACUGACGGCCAAUGACACAUUGGUUAGUAUGCCUCCUAGUGUCUUAUCGAAGGCUCUCGAUUCGUUCUGGAAAAGUAAAGGCGUUUCUAGGCGCGUCGGUAGACCCACAUAUGUUAACUUUACGAGGCGUGUAUUAUUCUUUGUGUAUUUGUGUGCCUAUAUGUGUUUAUUCACACUGAUCAUUCAUCAUUAUUCAUUGGCACAUUGUACUAACUGUGUACAGGUACAAGAUCUACCAUACUGUAAGUUGAAGAUUGUCAUUACAUUUUCUUUUCUUUUGUAAUUAUAACUAAGACUUAAUAAAUCUUAUUAAUUGUAACUGGCAACUGCUUAGGGUGUGGUAUCUUUACUAUUGUUGACUCUAUGGUAUCGUCCUUGGUUAGGCACUGUUUACAGCAAGCCAAUAAAAUUAAAAUAGGAGAUUAAUUUCUCCUAUUAGAAGCAAGUGCGUAAGAUGCCUUUUUAGAAAUAUUUGUUUUAAAGGAAAAGAGGCCGGGCUGACUAACAUCACGUUUUGCCUUCAGUCUCAUAAAAUACGGUUCUUAAUCGUUACUCUCAAACUACAAAAUAGAAUGCAGACUCUAACGCGAAUACUGCCGAAACCCGCUCACAUGACACGAGUUGGCUGUGUCACCAAAUAACGUGUUGGGUUUCUCGUACUCGUACAGCGUUCGGCCAGGGCAACUUUCCGAUUCACUGUCCCGCCCAAUGGGGAUUUUGUGAUCAUUGCACAUACUAGUUAGUGGCUGUACCACAGAUAGUCACGGGGACACACACACACGCACACGCACACACACACACACACACACGGAUGCUCCCAUCUAAACACGAGACACGAAGUCCGGAUACUCAGAGACGCUAAAAUAUGUUUUAGGUUGAUACCGUUGACAAUGAUAGUAGACAAACAAUAAUGGUGGACAUACAAUAAUGGUGGGUAUACAAUAAUGGUGGGCAUACAAUAAUGGUGGGCAUACAAUAAUGGUGGUUGUAAAAUGAUAUUGGGAGUACAAUGAUAGUGUGGGCGCACAACCAGUUGGUCAAUUGGGGGAUAAAAAUAACGGGAUUUCAUGCAAUUUGUUGGAUGGAAAUAAAAUUUAGAUUGUUUAUUAGAUCUAUAUCAUGAAAGGCAGUCGCGAAAUAUUACAUGUAAAUAUAUUUAUCAUUAAAACGAUACGCUCACAAAGUGACAAGCUUUCACAAAGCAUUACUGUACUGGGUGAUCAAUCAACAUAAAUGAUCAAUCAACAUAAAUGAUCAAUCAACAUAAAUCAUCAAUCAACAUAGAUCAUCAAUCAACAUAAAUGCAAAAGAUAAAUGCAUAUAAAAGAUUUAUAUUAUUUGUAUUAUUUUUCGUUUGAGGAUUUGUGGCAUUCUUGUCAUUUUUAUUCUGAGUCUUUCACUGGAGGUGAUGGCUGCAGAUAAUNGGGGGGGGGGGGGGGUGGGGGGGGGGGGGGGGUGGGGGGUUAAAGGUCAAGAAAACAAAUGGCCAGAUGUCGCCCUACAAUUGACUGCCUGGUAACUUACUAGCCUAUGCCUAUAUUAUUGUAAAGGCAGUGGCGUACCUAGGGGGAGUGCGAAGAAGGUGAUAACCGCGUGCGGUACUUUUGGAGGUUACCGGUGUGUAAUUUAAAAAAAAAAAAUGUGUAUGUUUGAGUUAGGGUGCUUACCUUCGGGAGUACAUUUUAUUAAGGUAUGCUAAUGAGUAUGCUAAUGAGUAUGCUAAUGCGUUUGCUAAUGGAUAUGCUAAUGAGCAUGCUAAUGAGUAUACCAAUGCGUAUGGCAUCUUUCUCAAGGACCAAGAUAUGUUUGGGCUUCAUCCCUCUAAGAGGCAUCUGACGCCGUCUGGUUUACUCCUGGUUAACACUAAAUUUGUGUUUAUUUAUAUAGAAUAUAGAGGCAUAACUUAUACACGUACUUUCUAUGUUCAAUUGAAAUGUGUCUAUUUCUUUCAAUAUUAUCGAUUCGCUGACGUCCUAGGCGCUCAAUGCCAGGAUUUUGUCCAUGGAUCUUGGAGAACAACAGACCUGCGAUUCUGACUGGCUGGAGAUUUCCUUCCAUUCUACCCAAUCAGGCAAAAUGUGUGGUCUGCCUGCCUCAGACCUGUCAACGGAAGAUCACGUGAUGAUGCUGACCUUUGUGACCGGUUCAAAAAACGCAGGCCUAGGAUUUCAACUCAGAAUAGAAUCUGUGGGUGAGUCAAUGGCUAGCAGUUGCCCUGGUAACUUUGGUCGGUUGCCCUGGUAACUUUGGUCGGUUGCCCUGGUAACUUUGGUCGGUUGCCCUGGUAACUUUGGUCGGUUGCCCUGGUAACUUUGGUCGGUUGCCCUGGUAACUUUGGUCGGUUGCCCUGGUAACUUUGGUCGGUUGUCCUGGUAACUUUGGUCGGUUGCCCUGGUAACUUUGGUCGGUUGCCCUGGUAACUUUGGGCGGUUGCCUUGGUAACACGACGAGUCAAACAUUUAUCAUUCACCAUGGUUGGGGAAUACAAAACGUGUCUAUGUUUCGACUCACUGCGUCAGAUUAAAUCGAUUUUCGGUACAUGCACUUAAGGAAUUGUUUUAAGUUAGCAUAAUAAUUAAAAGGUUAAUUUUGAUUGAUUAACGCUUGAUAGAAUGAGGUGAGUUUUAUAAAAAAAAAAAUUUGGUGGGAAAAAAGGGGGGGGGGGCGUGCGUUAAAAAUGCUUUUUAUUUCUUUUGUAUUCAAUGCUAUUCCAAAAUGUGUGAUGUUAAUUUCCUUUCAUUCCCCCAGAAUCUGCUGUCCCCGAGAACUAUCCUGACGAUGAGGCUUCCAUGUGUGAUUCUUUGAUUGAGGUUGUCGACGACCGUCACGUGAUUGUCACGUCACCGGGCUACUCAGGGGGACAGUACCCCGCAGAAACAACGUGUGACAUGAGGCUGUUCACACAAGAUGACAUGGCACGUUCUCUUAUCACAACAUCUCAUUUUAUCAUUUUAUCCGAUGGUGUUUUGUAUUGAUAACGAUUUCGCGCCAAUUUAUUUUUAUCCCUCUUUUAUCCCUCCUUUUCAAUUAAUUAAGUUUGUUUGAUUGCCAGGUUUUGAACAUUUUGUGGUCCACAUUUUUUUUUUCUAGGCUCCUGGCUUUCUUAGAGCUAAAAAUUCGUUCUUAACUUAUUUUUGUGGUCCAUUGUUAUGUCUUGACUUUUGACCAGCCCAAACCGUUCUUUUACCUAAAUUUCUUGAUCAAUAAGACUUUUGUUAAAUUUUAAAUCCCAUUAAGCAUUGAAAUAUUGCAUGAUCAAACUGGCAACAAGCAAGAGAGACUCGUGAAACAAGGUUGCCGUUUUCCCCCCAUACCUUCUAGUUGCGUCCCUUUAAAACGAUUUUUAAAGAAUUUUUAACAUUUUUAAAUAUGUUUUUUUAUUAACUCGAGCACUGUAGUAGCAUAGUAGCCGUAUGAAAGAAUAAUGACUUGUUGGUUUUUUUUUUUUUUUUCUUUUACCUUCCCCCGGGGAGAACUCACAGAGGCAAGCUCUCUCCUUCGCUUUGGGAGAUAGACUUUGUACGUGGGUUUUUUUGGCUUCUAGAUAUUCCGGGGGAAGCCAAGGCGGGAGAGCCCUACUUGAGAAAAAUAUUAUAUGGUUCAGCUCAGGAGAUGGAGCUGACAGCCAAUGUAGGCCGACUAGCCGGGGUCAUAUGAGAGUAAUCUCAGAUCCUCGCCAGAAUAAAUGCGUUAGUAGCAUAGUAGCCAGUCAGUAGAUGUUUCAGUGGUGCCUAGGGCGGCGGGAGAGUCCUACGUGACAGCGAUGUUAUCCGACACAGCCCAACAGACGGAGCUGGUCGCCACUGUGCUAGCCGGCACAGCCCAGCAGACGGAGCUGGUCGCCAAUGUGCUAGCCGGCACAGCCCAACAGAUGGAGCUGGUCGCCAAUGUGCUAGUCGGCACAGCCCAGCAGACGGAGCUGGUCGCCAAUGUGCUAGCCGGCACAGCCCAACAGAUGGAGCUGGUCGCCAAUGUGCUAGUCGGCACAGCCCAGCAGACGGAGCUGGUCGCCAAUGUGCUACCCGGCACAGCCCAGCAGAUGGAGCUGGUCGCCAUUGUGCUAGCUGGGGUUUUAAGAAUAUCAGCUCAAACCUUCAUCAGAAUAUGUGUGUUUAUAGCACUGGAAUAAAUGUAGAGAUAUCGAAAGCCGCCAUGUGAUAGAGUAAAAUUUCAAUACAAAUCCAUUUAAAUAGUUAGCUGAUUAAAAAAACAAUUAUUUUUUUCUUACUGAUUUUGCAUUACGGUAUUUGAUGAAAAUUGUAUUCAUAUUUUUGCCUUGACAUUAUCUAAUAUUCUAAAUGAAGCAAACAAAAUCUCUCAUUUUUUUAGCGACUUCAAGUAACUGUCUUAGAUUUUGAGACAGAGUGGAGCCUUGGAUGUUCUUACGACUACGUCAUUUCAUUCGACGGGGUUUCCCCGAAUUCCAAAUCUUUAGCCCGGAUGUGUGGCAUUCUUUUAGAUCAAGAGUUUGUGACGUCCGGUCCGGCAAUGCUGAUUAGAUUUGUUUCUGACCACGUGACCUCUAAGCGGGGAUUUAGACUCAGAAUUGACCCAGUGGCCGCUACGCCAGAGUUGGAUUCUACAGGGGCAUCUGCAACAUCGACACCUUUGUCUACGUCAAGGCUAACUGAAGA